AUGAGUUUAAGCGUUAAGGAUGAGAUCGCCUUAAAACCUAGGGCCACUAUGCUGUGUUGUGAGUGUGGUACUCCAAUAGAUGGUUCAAAAGGUCUAGUUAUGUGUUAUGAUUGUAUUAAGAUGAAAGUUGAUAUUACAGAAGGCAUCCCAAGAGAAGCAAACAUUAGUUUUUGUAGAGAUUGUGAAAGGUUUCUUCAACCACCAGGGCAAUGGAUUAGAGCAAGAUUAGAAUCGAGAGAACUGUUAGCCGUGUGUCUAAAAAAGUUAAAAGGGUUGAAUAAAGUCAGAUUAAUAGAUGCUUCCUUUAUCUGGACAGAACCUCAUUCUAGAAGAAUUAAGGUUAAGAUAACUGUUCAAGGUGAGGCAAUGUUAAAUACACUAAUUCAGCAAAGUUUCGAGGUGGAAUAUACUGUUAAUGCUAUGCAAUGUGCAGACUGUGCUAAAUCUUAUACAGCCAACACAUGGACCGCAACUGUUCAGAUAAGACAAAAAGUACCACAUAAGAGAACUUUUCUAUAUUUGGAACAAAUGAUAUUGAAGAAUAAUGCUCAUGUCAAUACAGUAUCCAUUAAAGAAGUGAAGGAUGGUUUAGACUUCUUCUAUAGUCAGAAAAACCAUGCUAUUAAGAUGGUUGAUUUCUUAACCUCUAGUGUUCCCGCAAAAUAUAAGAGAUCUGAGGAAUUAGUAUCACAGGAUUCUCAUACAGAUGUCUCCAAGUAUAAAUUCACCUAUUCUGUUGAACUAGUGCCAAUUUGUAAAGAUGAUUUAGUCGUUUUACCAAAGAAAAUUGCUAAAUCGUUAGGUAAUAUUUCGCAAUUCGUACUAUGUCAUAAGAUAUCUAACUCCGUUCAAUUUUUGGAUCCAAAGACUUUGCAAACCGCAGAAUUACAAGCACCUGUAUAUUGGAGAAACCCUUUCAAUUCUUUAGCUGAUUCCUCACAGUUAGUAGAAUUUAUUGUAUUGGAUGUUGAAUCUACUGGUACAGUUAAAAGUAACCGUGUUUUAGCAGAUAUUACAGUGGCUAGGGCAGUUGAUCUUGGUGUAAAUGAUCAAGAAUACUACAUUAGAUCUCAUCUGGGAGGUAUCUUACAUGCGGGUGACAGUGCAAUGGGUUAUUUUAUUGCAAACUCCAAUUAUAAUUCCGAUCUCUUUGAUGGAUUGAAAUAUGACUACAUUCCAGAUGUUGUUCUUGUCAAGAAGUUGUAUCCAAAGAAGACGAAGAGUAAAAGAAACUGGAAAUUAAAGAGAAUGGCAAAGGAGCAUAGUGACAUUGACGCAAGUAAGGACUACAAUAAUGCUAGGGUUGAAAGACAAGAUUUCGAGCGUGCUGAGAAGGAUUAUGAAAUGUUCUUGCAAGAACUUGAAGAUGAUUCGGAUUUGAGAAACAAUAUAAAUAUGUACAAAAAUGUUGGUAAUGAGUCAGGUGCUGGAGAUAAUGAAGAGAGUGAUGAUGAGAGUGAAGAUCUUGAAGAUGGAGACGCUCCAGGUAUUGACAUGGAUGAACUUCUAGAUGAAAUCGACGGAUUAGCAUUGGAUGAUCCGGAGCAUGAAGAAUCGGAACAACAAUCAGAGGAAGAAUCGGAAUAUUAA